UUUCUAUAUGGCAACAGCUGACGCAUUUUUAUUUCUACUUUUAUUGUUUUUAAGUAACAGUAAAAAAAUUGCCUAGUUUCAAAAUUCUUCUGUUCGACUAAUGAGAAGGAAAAUAGUUAUCUAGAAAGGACUUAUAGCAGAAAUUAGUUGUGACAAAGGAAUUCACAUGGGCCGUAAAAAAUGCAAGAAAAGGAGUUUGAACACGUCACAAAGAGUAAGGAGGUACAGGAAAAGUAAGUCAAUUUUCUUGCGGUACUACGUGUACGACGACGACCCGCCUCAGACGUACUACUACGACGCUGACAACGAGAUAAGACCCGAAGUGCAAAAAAUGCGGAUCAAGUACCUGAAAAAGCUUCGGUACUUGCAGUCCGAAGCGCCUGAGCGGCACGCCGAAAGGACGAGGAUGCGCCCAGAGCCUGAGGUCCGCCUGAAACCCAAAUCGCCCAAAUUCCGCGUUCCUAAGCCCCCUACGGCAGAGGAAAAUUUCCACGUAUCGCCCGACAUCGAAAAGGAGAUGAAGACGAUAAGCACCCCCAGGGCGUUGCACGUCGAGAACGAGACUAUCGAGAACGAGUACGAAACCGUACUCGACCAGCUCAUCAAGCAGAGAGAACUGCUCAGAAAAUCCCAGUUGACCUUCUCAAAAAAGGGAAGCUGCACGGCCGACGCUUUCGCAAGAUUUAUGGAAAAAUACCAGCCGAGGCCUUUUCUCAGGAGCACCGACAGCAUGUACGGCAAUGAAACAUACAUCGAAUUCAUAAGAGAACAGGGUUUUCUUUGAUUCUCUCAAUAAAUAUCAGGACAAAAAGAAAUCACUUACUGAACAUGACAUAUUUCCCAGACCGAUUCAUACCUGAUGAUGACAGAGUUUCUGCGUGCAGUCCUUACGCUAAGCAAAUGGAACGAAAAAAAUAAACUAUACAUUUUUA